AUGACUUUCAAACCAAGUGAGUCUUGUUGUUGUGGAAAGCUUAUUUGUCAAACUGAGGAAGCAGCUCGGACCAUCUGCACUCGCACUAUCUGUGCUGCGCUCGGACCAUCUGCACUCGGACUAUCUGUGCUGCGCUCGGACCAUCUGCGCUCGGACCAUCUGUGCUCGGACCAUCUGCGUUCGGACCAUCUGCGUUCGGACCAUCUGCGUUCGGACCAUCUGCGUUCGGACCAUCUGCGUUUGGACCAUCUGCGCUCGGACCAUCUGCGCUCGGACCAUCUGCGCUCGGACCAUCUGCGCUCGGACCAUCUGCGCUCGGACCAUCUGCGCUCGGACCAUCUGCGCUCGGACCAUCUGCGCUCGGACCAUCUCGCUCGGACCAUCUGCGCUCGGACCAUCUGCGCUCGGACCAUCUGCGCUCGGACCAUCUACGCUCGGACUAUCUACGCUCAGACUAUCUAUCUGGAGCAGCAGGUCCUGUCUGCCCUGGACCGUCUUCAGGUGCGACUCCUGCAGAGAGAGGAGUGGACUCACAGCGACAACAUGAGGAACCUGAAGGAGACGCUGCAAAGUCCUUUGUUCAACCACAUCCUGACUCUACAGCAGUCACUGAGGACCCUGAAGAGCCAGCUCGACAGUUUUCCCGCAGAUACAGACUUCAACUUCUCCUCUAAAGGUCACCUGAUCCUCAGUUCUGUGAUUUCGCCCACUGAGUCCUCACCGACCAAUCGCAGCCCUGCUCCCACCCGGGCCCCGCCCCCUGCCUUCGACCUGGUCAAGUGGAUCAUCGCCAACGCAAAGGGCCGGCAAACCGAGCGUGUGGUCCUCCCCCGUCCCCCCUCUGGAGGUCUGGGCUUCAGUGUGGUCGGACUGAACCCAGCGGGAAGCAGCUAUCAAGGGGUCUAUGUGAAGCACGUGCAGCCUGGAGGUGUGGCCCAGAGGAGUGGAGGUCUGCAGCAGAGGGAUCAGAUCUUGGUCAUAAACGGCCGUGCUUUAAAGGAGGGUGUGAGCCAGCAGGAGGCGCUGUCUCUGCUGCAGAGCGGGGACUGUGUGGAGCUGGUGAUCGCCCGGGACCCGAGUCCAGAGACCCAGACCCAGAGCCCCGCCCAGAGGGUGACGCAGAAGAGCGAGAGGCCACAGAGCGCCGCAGCAUCAACGCCGCGCAUCGACACGUCUCUUUGGGGACAUGUGGAGGAGAUCGAGUUGGUGAACGAUGGAUCCGGUCUUGGUUUUGGGAUCGUUGGAGGGAAGUCUGGAGUGGUGGUGCGGACGCUGCUCCCCGGGGGUGUGGCACAUAGAGACGGCCGACUCAGGACCGGGGACCACAUCUUGUCCAUCGGCGACUCGCCCUCCGCAGAUCUGACCAGUGACCAGGUGGUGGCCGCGCUGCAAGCCUGUGGCAGCCGCGUUGCCAUGGUGAUAGCCCGUGACUACAGGGGUCAGAGGUCAGCCGGGCCGCCCCCUCCUCCAGGCUCCGCCCCUGUGUCUGCACUGGCCCCGCCCCUACUGCCAGACUCCGCCCCUGUCACAGCGUUGGCCCCGCCCCCUCUACUAAACUCCGCGCCCGUCACAGCACUGGCCUCGCCCGCUGCACCGCCGCCAAGACCGUUGAACCUGGAGGGAUACGAGAUCCACGAAGUCUCGCUGAACAAGAAACCAGGACAGAGUCUGGGCAUCUCCAUCGUCGGCCACAACCCCAGGACCAGCCAGGAGGCUGUGGGUGUGUUUGUGAAGACUGUAGUUCCUGGCAGCGCAGCAGAUCAGAGCGGGAACAUCAGGGUCCACGACCGCCUGCUGAUGCUGAACGGCAUCAGUCUUCAUGGUCGCUCGAACCAGCAGGUGCUGGAGGUGAUGAAACAGACCGGACAGAACGUGCUGCUAACUCUGGUCCGCAGGAAGAGGGCGCCAGAGCGAUCUCUGGACAGAGUGGAGCGCGGAGACUCUGGACUUUCUCUGAAGAAAAGUGUGAGACGAGACGAGAGCGACGAGAACCAAGCGUCAGAAGAGCAGCUCAGAGAGAAGUGGGAGAAGGCGCUGGGGCCAAACUACCGAGUUCUGGUGGUGGAGCUGGACCCUGUGAUCGAAGAUGACGAGGAGCUGCAGAAGUCCUCAAAGCUGCUCCCGGUCCACACGUUGAGACUCGGUGUGGAGUUGGACUCUUUCGAUGGACAUCACUACAUCUCUUCUGUGGUUCCGGAGGGAGCAGUGGAUCUACACGGAGCUCUGAGGCCGGAGGACGAGCUGCUGGAGGUGAACCAUGUGCAGCUGUACGGGAAAUCUCGUCGGGAGGUGAUCUCGUUUCUGAAGGAGGUCCCGCCUCCCUUCACUCUGGUCUGCUGUAGGCUCCUGGGCCCGGACCAGGACAUGGACCAGGACCAGGACUCGGACCGGGACUCAGAGACUGGACCUACUCUUCAGCAGGACCAAAGACAAGAGUCCAGACUAGAACCCAAGACCAGGCCCAGUGUGGAGGAGAUGGAGUUAAAGUUGUCGUCGUUGUUGUGUCAGACCGAGGCCCGAGAUGAAGCCAUGAAACAGGAGCUGUCGGAGCCGCUGGUCUCUGAGGAGGAGCAGGAGGAGGAGGAGGAGGAGGGGGAGGAGGAAGAGGGGGAGGAGGAGGGGGAGGAGGAGGAGGGGGAGCUGGCCAUGUGGGCUGAGGAGGUCCUUCCCAUUGAACUGAACAAGGACCCGGACCGUGGCCUGGGCUUCAGCAUCCUGGACUAUCAGGACCCUCAGGACCCUGGACGUUGUGUCUUUGUAGUCCGGUCCCUGGUCCCGGCUGGAUCGGCUCAGCGGGCGGGCGGACUGUUGCCGGGAGACCAGCUGGUGUCUGUAAACUCCGCCCCCCUCGCCCGCCUCACCCUCUCUGAGGCCGUGGAGCUGCUCAAGACUGCCCCCAGUGGUCGUGUGCGGCUGGGCGUCCGCAAGCCGCUGGUGGAGGCAGGAGGAGCAGGAGGAGCAGGAGCAGCAGGAGGAGCAGGAGCAGCAGGAGGUGCAGGAGCAGCAGGAGGUGCAGGAGCAGUUUGGGAACAGGAGGAGGAGCUGAUCCUGGAUGGAGGCCCUCCUCGUUACUCCUCUGGGACCUCAGACUUGAGACCUCCUGGUUACUCCUCUGGGACCUCAGACCUCAGACCUCCUGGUUACUCCUCUGGGACCUCAGACCUGAGACCUCCUGGUUACUCAUCUGGGACCUCAGACCUCAGACCUCCUGGUUACUCCUCUGGGACCUCAGACCUGAGACCUCCUGGUUACUCAUCUGGGACCUCAGACCUGAGACCUCCUGGUUACUCCUCUGGGACCUCAGACCCGAGACCUCCUGGUUACUCCUCUGGGACCUCAGACCCGAGUUCUCCUGGUUACUCCUCUGGGACCUCAGACCCGAGACCUCCUGGUUACUCCUCUGGGACCUCAGACCUGAGACCUCCUGGUUACUCCUCUGGGGCCUCAGACCUCGUCUUGGGACCUGGGACCUCAGACCUGGAGGAGGGACCUGGGACCUCAGACCUGACCCUGGAGAUGGCGGUGGAUGAAGAGGAGGUCCCUGACCCCACAGAGGAGCAGAAACCUCCUCCUCCAAGCUGGGACGAGUGGAGGCUCUCUCUGGGACGAGCCAGAUCUGUGGAGACGGAGGAAGUGUCUGUGAGAGGAGAGAGCCGAGCGUCUGAGGCCGAUUCUGAACUCACACUGACGGACACAGACACUGAAUCAGUUCGAAUCAUAAAUACUGAGCGGCGAAGGAGGCGGGGCCAAACCCACCAACCAAUCAGAGGAGCCCAGAGUGACCUCCCCCAGCGAGAGGAGGGGGAGGGGGAAGAGACCCCGCCCUUCAGCCACUGGGGACCAGCACGAAGGGUGCAGGUGUGGGCGGAGCCAGGCCAGUCCCUGGGGCUCAGUAUCGUGGGAGGACGUCAUGUGAUCAAACGGCUGCGGAACGGAGAAGAACUGAAGGGAAUCUUCAUCAAACAAGUUUUAGACCAGAGUCCAGCAGCGAAGACCGGGAGACUCAAGACUGGAGACAAGAUCAUAGAGGUGAACGGUGUGGACCUCAGGACGGCGUCUCAUGAAGAAGCUGUGGCUGCGAUAAAGUCUGCUCAGAGUCCAGUCCUGUUCGUGGUCCAGAGUCUGUCCAACACUCCCAGGCCGGUGUCUGUUUUGGACCCGAGUAUCAAACACAGAGUAAAGAAGAGUGAUUCUCCGAAGCCUGUGUUGGCUCCGCCCACUCUGAGAGACCCGCCCCCUUACAAACCUCCCAGCCAAUCAGGCGGUGGCUCUGAGCCGGACCAGGAACAAGAGCGAUAUGCAGAGCUCCCUGGAGAGCUGUUCUGUGUGGAGCUGGAGAAAGACCGGACUGGACUCGGUCUCAGUCUGGCCGGGAACCGGGACCGGUCUGUGGUCAGUGUGUUUGUGGUCGGGGUGAGUCCUGGAGGAGCCGCCGAGAAGGACGGGAGGAUCCAGACCGGAGACCAGCUGCUGGAGAUCAAUAACCAGGUCCUGUUCGGCCGCAGCCACCAGAACGCCUCCGCCAUCAUCAAGAGCUCCGCCCACCGCGUCAAGCUGGUGGUGUUACGAAACGCGGAUGCCGUGGAGCAGAUGGCGGUGGCUCCGUUCCCGCCUCCUGCGAUCAGCCCCAGCGUUUCCGAGGCUCCUCCCACGCUUCCUGUGUCUGGCCCCGCCCCCUCCUCCGAGAAGCCCCGGCCGCCUGACCAGCUGACACUAAGCUCCUCCCACAACCAGGAGGCGUCCACAGAGGAGGUGGAGCUUAACGACAUGAACAAGAGCAGUGCACACAAGAAGAGACAGAAGUUGGAUUCUCCUGAAAACCCUCUGGAGUCUCCGGCAGAAAAACAGGCUCUUGUUCCUUCGCUGAGCUUCGGGAACGUGUCUGUGGCCGAGCUCCUCAACGCCAACACGGCCUCGGUGUCAGACCCCGCCCUCUGUGCCGUGGUCCCAGGACAGGAGACUCUGCUGGAGAUCUGCAAAGGCCGGUCCGGACUCGGCCUGAGCAUCGUGGGAGGAACCGACACGCAGCUGAACGCCAUCGUCAUACACGAGGUCUACCAGGAGGGGGCAGCAGCGCGGGACGGGAGGCUGUGGCCCGGAGACCAGAUCCUGGAGGUGAACGGCGUCUCUCUGCGCGGCGCGUCACAUGACCAGGCCAUUGCGCGGCUGCGGCAGACGCCGUCGCGUGUGCGUCUGCGCGUGCUGCGCCUGUCGCAGUGGGAGCAGAGCGUGCUGCGCGUCACGCUGCAGAGGCGCAGUGGGCGGGGCUUAGGCCUCAGCAUUGCAUCGAGGCGAAGUGGGCGGGGCUUAGGCCUCAGCAUCGCGGCGAAGCGCAGUGGCAGCGGCGUGUUCGUGUCGGAGCUGGUCAGAGGGGGCGCCGCUGAGCUGGACGGACGCCUGAUGCACGGAGACCAGAUCCUGAGCGUCAACGGAGAAGACACUCGGCUCGCCACGCAGGAGAGCGUGGGCGCCAUGUUGAAGUGUGCCAGAGGACCUGUGGUGCUGGAGGUCGGGCGUCUCACUGCAGCUUCAUGGACCACGACCAGCGCACAACAGAACCAGACGCAGAACAGAGUCUCAGCCACGACCCCUGACCUUGAGCGCCUUGACGACAACCGGAACUGUGAUGUCACUUCCUGUGAGCCGACCAAGAACUGUAAUGUCACUUCCUGUGAGCCGACCAAGAACUGUGAUGUCACUUCCUCUGAGCCGACCAAGAACUGUGAUGUCACUUCCUCUGAGCCGACCAAGAACUGUGAUGUCACUUCCUCUGAGCCGACCAAGAACUGGGAUGUCACUUCCUGUGAGACGACCAGGAACUGUGAUGUCACUUCCUGUGAGACGACCAGGAGCAAUGAUGUUACUUCCUGUGAGCCGACCAGGAGCAAUGAUGUCACUUCCUGUGAGCCGACCAGGAGCAAUGAUGUCACUUCCUGUGAGCCGACGGACACUGACGACGAAAGUGGAGCGCGCUCAGUGGACAUCACUCGGACCCCCUCGGACCCCCUGGGGCUCAGUGUGGCUGGAGGUCUGGGUUCUGCUCUGGGAGACGUUCCUCUGUUCAUCGCAAUGAUCCAAGCAAACGGAGUCGCAGCAAAGAGCAAGAAACUGAAGGUCGGAGAUCGUAUCGUGAGCAUAAAUGGACAGAGUGUGGACGCUCUGAGUCACAGCGACGUCGUGUCGUUGCUCAAGAACUCAUUUGGACUCAUCAGCCUCAAGGUUGUGGCCGACACAAACAUCUCUGCGAUCGCGUCUCAAGUGGAGGUUCUGUCCAACAGCUGCACGAGCACCGAGAGCACGGAGAACUCAGGGUCUCCUCGCUGUCGGACCAUCACGCUCCACAAAGGCUCUGAUGGUCUGGGCUUCAGUAUCGUGGGAGGAUUCGGGAGUCCACACGGAGACCUGCCCAUCUACGUGAAGACCGUCUUCAGCAAGGGCGCUGCGGGGGAGGAGGGCUCUCUGCGCCGCGGAGACCAGAUCAUAUCUGUGAACGGAGAGUCACUGAGCGGAGUCAGCCACCAGGGGGCAGUGUGCGUCCUGAAGAGACAGACACCAGGAGACGUGGUCCUGCAGGUCCUCAGCUGA